AUGGACAUUGUUAAGCGGAAUUCAGCUAAAGAAGAUUGGUGGGCUGGAUCAGCUCCUUUUGGACCUUUUAUAUAUACACCAUUCAACAAAGGAGAGCCAAAUAACAACAGUAAACAGGAGUUGAUUUGGGAUUUAUUAUUUUUGCCAUCUGUGCGCUCUGCUACUUUCUUGGAAUUUGGUAACAUUGAGUCUCCAAUGUAUACCAGACUUAGACAGUUUUUUUCCACUAUUUAUAGCAGGAUGCAGGUAAGAGCACCAUCACAGCCAGUGGUUGUGUCUAUACCAAUAUUGCAUUAUGAUGAUACUGAAUCUGCAAAAGCAUCAAGACGGCAACUCAAGGAAGCUAUAUAUACAGUAUUAUUUAACAUGAAUGUUCCUGCUGUUUGUGCAAUUAAUCAGGCAACUUUAGCUUUGUAUGCUGCUAGAAGAACUUCAGGAAUUGUUGUAAAUAUUGGGUUUCAAGUCACAUCAGUUGUUCCAAUUUUACAUGGUAAAGUAAUGCGCAAAGUGGGUGUGGAGGUUGUGGGACUAGGAGCACUAAAACUUACCGAGUUUCUUAAGGAGUUGAUGCAGCAAAACAAUAUUAGUUUUGAAUCGCUGUACACCGUUCGCACUUUGAAAGAGAAUCUCUGUUAUGUUGCCUAUGAUUAUGAGGCUGAGCUACUCAAAGAUACACGAGCAUCAUCUGACGCAGCAGGAGAAGGUCAGUUCACUCUUUCAAAAGAGCGGUUUCAAACAGGAGAAAUCUCUGUUAUGUUGCCUAUGAUUAUUCUUCUGCAAAUUUGGUACAGCUAA